UGACACAGGAAACCAAAGCUGCAGUAGACAAAUGGCAGAGAACCAGUGAAGACGAUUGUUCAGGAGUGGAUAAUCAAGUCGGCCAAUACACCUCAUCCUGCAGUAAUUCAGCACAGGGGACCCAGGAAAAUGCUUCCACCUGCAAUAGUAGUGCUCACGCUCAUCUCUUUUGCCUUGGGAGAAAAUCCUGCAAUACAAGUCAUCCUGACUAACAAAGGACUGCAGUACGGAACACAUGUUGGUGCAGGAUGGGUUCAGGACAAGUUGGCGCAAGUCACUCUGCCUGACAUCAGUGGUGACAUUGACAUUGGCUUUUUGGGCAGUGUAGACUACACGCUGACAGGAGUCACCAUAACAAAGUGUGACUUUCCAGAGCCGUCUGUUCAGUUCUAUCAGGACUCCACAGGAUUCAAGACAUCCAUCACCGGCCUCAGUGUUGCACUAACUGGAGGGUGGUUGACAUCGUAUGGCAUAAUACAUGACAGGGGAUCAUUCGACAUGGCUAUAUUUAAUAUGGAUGUGACGUCAGUAGUGGAGCUGGGGAAAGAUCCUGAUGGGCAUCUGUCUGUCACCAAUGUCCAAUGUCUUGCUCGGAUUGGAGAUGUGGACAUACGAUUUCAUGGUGGAGCCAGUAUGCUCUUCCAGCCUUUUGUGGAGCAUUUCAAGGGACGUAUCAGGGGUGUAAUGGAGGCCCAAAUCUGCCCUAAUGUGGAGGAAUACAUUGUAACCUUGGAGUACCAUCUACAGGCCAUGAAAGUUUCCUUUGAUGUGGCUGAAGUCCUUACUUUCGUCCUCCCUCUCACGGGCGUACCUGUCAUUAGUGCUUCGACUAUGAAUCUGGGUCUUAAGGGAGAGUUCUACAAUAUCCGAACUCAUACAGACCCUCCAUUUGAGGCCCAGCCUUUCACAGUGCCUGAGGAGACAGGCAAAAUGUUGUCAGUGGGUAUGUCUGAAUACACUCUGAACUCUGCCUCAUAUGGACUCUUCUCAGCUGGACUGCUUCAGACCCUCAUCAAUGACAGCAUGAUACCUCCAUUCCUCCCGGUGCACCUAAAUACCAGCUCAAUGGGGCCCUACAUUCCUCAGCUUCCCAAGAUGUAUCCAGGUCUGCUGAUGAAUCUGCAGCUUUAUGCCAGAGAGAUGCCGAUGUUUUCCUUCCAGCCCGGUGUUGUUAAACUGGGCGUUCAGGGCACUGUCAAGGCUUUUGCCAUCCAGUCAAAUGGUACUCAGAUCCCACUGUUCAACCUCAAUGCUGACUCAAAAUUCAGCAGUAAAGUGUGGCUUGCUGGUGAAAGACUGAAGGGCUCCACGACGCUGGACAAUUAUACACUGACACUGGCUUCAAGUGAAGUGGGAACCUUUAAGACUGACAUUUUGGAAAGCUGCACGCGGACUGGAUUGAAUCUCGCCUUAGCAAAACUGAAUGUGGAACUGGGCAAAGGCAUUGUUCUACCCAGAAUGAAACAUGCACAGCUGGUCAACACAGUUUUGGGUGUGGAAGAGGGUUUUAUAGCCAUCUCCUCGGAUGCUCAGGUAUUGCAAGCAGACAGAGACAUCAACUGAUGGACAAUGGAAGCUCCGUUAACCAGUAAAUAAACUGGAGUUGUCUUCAUCUGACACCGCAAGACAAACACAAUGUUCAGAAGCUGCCCGAGCCUGGAUACUGGACUGUAAAUGAUUAACAAGCCUUGCUACGCAGUACAUAAUCAACACAUACACAUCUACAGCCUUCAUGUCAAAUCAACAGCAUUCAUGUCAAAUCAGCAACCUGCAGUUAUAUUUUUAAAUGCUUAUAAAGAUGUAUUCACCCUCAUAUGGUCUUUUUUUAAAGGUCAUUACUGUAUACUUCAUUGAAACUUUAAUGCAACAGUUGACUCACAAUAAUACGGAGUUCUCGCAUAUUUUCCAAAGUAAAAUUCAAGCAUAUUUUAAGCUUUACAAGCACCUUGUGGUUGUAGUAAAUUGUAUAUUUAUAUACAGUACAAUCAUUAUUUGCAGUAUCCUGAUUUUUUUUCUCCUUUUCACUUUGAAUAAAUCUUAUUGUGCUAUAAAACCAAAAUUAUGUUUUGUGACAGCAUUUACAGAAGGUUAAAAUACUAAAAUCCCCCAAAAAUUCACAUUUCAAAACGUGUCACCUGUUUGUAAGUAAACUAGGCAUCCUUUAAAAACCUACAUUUUAAGCGGUUUCCCUUUUCAAACCUUAAAAACGUAUUUCUAGCAUCUGUAGAAACCCUGUGAAAAUCUUGGCUUAUGAGUUUUUACUUAAAUAUCUAUAUUUUUGUUUUUGUCAAAAACACUAAAGCUAAAAAUCUGAGAAACAAAGACAUGCUUCAGAC